AAAAAUAUCUUAGAUUAUUCAUAUCUGUCUUUCCUUAAAAGUAAUGUCAUGAUAAGCCAUAACUACUUAAUUUUCCUGAGGCUUAAAAGGGAAUGCAGAAAUAUUUCAAAAGGGGCGGGGUACAGUUAAUAUUAUAUCGGUUGUACUGAAAAUCAACACAAAAAUUGCUGAAUGCAUGUACACAUUUGACGUUUUUUUCCCCUUCAUGAUCAUUUAGCUAUUUUUUUUAUCAUUAUUUAUGUUCAGACAUGCAAUAGCUUUGUCGUGUGCAUUGUGAUUUUGGUGAUUUCAUGUUCAGAUUUUUGUGUUCAAUGGGUUUGUGUCAUUAUCAGUAUAAAGGGAAAUAUUGUUUUAUUCAGGCCAAGAUCUUUUGAACUGUGGAACGUUUUGCUAUCUACAAAUUUCAGUAUUUAUCUGUUGAACUGUUCAAUCAACAUAUAAAAUGUACAUUAUUAGUGACUAUGUAAAAAUGUUUUCCAGUGAAGAUCCGAUUGUAUUGAGUGAUAGUGAUAGUGACACAUCUACUUCAUCAGCCUCAACAGCCUCAACAGUUGACCCAGUUGUAAUAAACAAACUGAAGAAGCUGAAAGAUGAAGUUGACCGUUUAAAGGCGGCAGAAAGUGACUCUAGUGACAUUUCUCUGAACUUUGGGGAGGAAGACGACUUUAAAGGCCCUCCCAGCAGGAAGCGUAAAUCAAGUGAAUAUAAAAGUACGCAUGUUCAACAAGGAACGCAAACUAAGAUUUCCACACUCCAACAUCUGAGAAGACAAAACCAACAGAUCCAGACAUUAAAGAUAAAAAAUAGAUAUGUAGCUAAAAGACAGAGUGGAAGUAGGAGUUGGCAGGGUACCUUUUGCUUUAUAACUGACCUAAAGGUGAAUGUUGAUAUAUUCUGCUGAAAGAAGUUACUGAAUACCAAUUGCAUGAAAAAAGGUAAUAAAGUGUACCAAUGCAGACUUGAUCUACUGACAGAUGAUGUGAAUGAGUUAGAUUGCCAACUUGUGCUACUAGAACUUAAAUACAAGAGAGGAACCGCUAUUUAUGAGAUUUUGAAUAAAAUUGACAUUCAACCAAUGUUUUACGAUAUUUCAAAUGCCUGCCAU